AUCAAGGAUCUUCCAGUUUAAGAAAUUUCCCGUAACAAGUUGCCAAAGGGCUUCCUGCCCUUGCCUCUUCCGCAGCCGACAUGCAGGAGAGCCCGUCAGCAACAUCUGGGCCCAAGUCUCACAGCCAGUCCGCGUUCAACCUCCAGGGCCAGGCCUCCACUGCAGGUGGUGCCAGCUCAGGGGCGUCACCCUUAAAGACUUCCCCAAAGCCUGCCCCAAUCCACCUGAAGCCCAAGACCACAAAUGUACGGCGCAUGCGCAGGAUCAUCUCCGAGGACGCAGAGUGGACUCUGGCCAUUGUACCACUCCUUACAGAACUCUGCAUUCAACAUAUCGUCAAGAACUUCCAGAACAACCCUAUCCUGAAGCAGCUGCUCCCAGAGCACCAAAAGAAGGUCUUGAGCCACCUGCCCCAUGACCUGCCACUGACAGUGACUGCCAACUUGAUCGAUGACGAGAACUAUUGGCACCGCUGCUGUAUCAAGCGCUGGCCCGUGUGCCACGUGGCCAAGCAUGGUGGGAGCUGGAAGCGUAUGUUCUUUGAGAGACACCUGGAGAACCUGCUGAAGCUCUUUAUCCCGGGCACCACAGACCCCAAUGUGAUCCUGGACCUGCUGCCCCUCUGCAGGAACUAUGUGCGCCGCAUCCAAGUGGAUCAGUUCCUCCCACCUGUGAGGCUGCCAACCCCGCCCCAGGCUGAGGAACAGUCCGACUCUGGCAGUGAGGGAGAGGGGAAUGAGCCGGAGAAGGACCACUACCAGCUGGAGAGUCUGGUGGCUGGCCUCAAGCACCUGGAGGAGCUGGACCUGGUGUACGGCGUCAAAGACUGUGGCAUGAACUUCGAGUGGAACCUCUUCCUUUUCACCUUUCGAGACUGCCACUCUCUGGCAGCCACCAUCAAAGCCUGCCACACCCUCAAGGUCUUCAGGCUGACCCGAAGCAAGGUGGAUGAUGACAAGGCACGCAUCCUAAUCCGGAGCCUGCUGGACCACCCAGCCCUCGAGGAGCUGGACCUGUCCCACAACCUCAUUGGAGACCGUGGCGCGAGAGCAGCGGCCAAGUUGCUGAGCCACAGUCGCCUGCGAGUGCUCAACCUCGCCAAUAACCAAGUGCGGGCGCCUGGUGCCCAGUCGUUGGCUCAUGCCCUGGCACACAACACCAACCUUGUCUCCCUCAACCUCCACCUCAACUGCAUCGAGGACGAGGGUGGCCAAGCAAUUGCCCACGCCCUGGAGACCAACAAGUGCCUCACCACGCUGCACCUCGGAGGCAAUGAGCUGUCUGAGCCCACAGCCACACUCCUGUCCCAGGUGCUCCCCGUCAACACCACGCUCAUCAGCCUCAACCUCUCCUGCAACCACAUCGGGCUGGAUGGCGGGAAACAGCUCCUGGAAGGCAUGUCAGACAACAAGACCAUCCUGGAGUUUGACUUGCGUCUGUCAGAUGUAUCCCAGGAGAGCGAAUACCUCAUUGGCCAGGUUCUGCAUGCCAACCGAGAAGCCACCCGCCAGCGGACCCUGAGUCCUGGCUACUUCAUGACACCCAUCACUAACAACAGUACUGAGAAUUCUGUAGGCUAAGAUGGGGGGACAGGGCUUGAACAGUGAUCUGAUGGGUCCCUGUAACAGCCAUCCCUUCAUCUCACACCCUUGCUACGCCUGUCCCUGGGUCUGGGGGAGAAGAGGGGAUCGUGAAUCUCCUUAAGUUUGUACGCAUGAAGAUGCUGAGGUAGGGAAGGGAGCCUAAGGAUAAAGAGAGGGUAAGCUAACUCCUGCACCCGGAAGUGGCCAUUACUAGACCUGCAUAAAUGAUCAGCUUCCAGGAACAGGGAAGGCGAAGGAUUCUAAAGAGAGUCUCCCUGCCCAAACUCUUCAUG